AUCCUUUGCCUUCCGGUAUGUGGCCCCGUCUGGCUAGUCACGUCUAGCGCGCCCAUUUCGAGCCCAAGUUUCCAGCUCGGGUUUCCGGGCUCAGAAGUUUCCAGGAGUGGGUUCUUCGGCAGCGGCUGUGGGAGCGGGAAUGGCGCAGCUAGAGGGUUACUAUUUCUCGGCUGCCUUGAGCUGUACCUUUUUAGUGUCUUGCCUCCUCUUCUCCGCCUUCAGCCGGGCGCUGCGAGAGCCCUACAUGGAUGAGAUCUUCCACCUGCCUCAGGCGCAACGCUACUGUGAGGGCCAUUUCUCCCUUUCCCAGUGGGAUCCCAUGAUUACUACAUUACCUGGCUUGUACCUGGUGUCAGUUGGAGUGGUCAAACCUGCCAUUUGGAUCUUUGGAUGGUCCGAACAUGUUGUCUGCUCCAUUGGGAUGCUCAGAUUUGUUAAUCUUCUCUUCAGUGUUGGCAACUUCUAUUUACUAUAUUUGCUUUUCCGCAAGGUACAACCCAGAAACAAGGCUGCCUCAAGUAUCCAGAGAGUCUUGUCAACAUUAACACUAGCAGUAUUUCCAACACUUUAUUUUUUUAACUUCCUUUAUUAUACAGAAGCAGGAUCUAUGUUUUUUACUCUUUUUGCGUAUUUGAUGUGUCUUUAUGGAAAUCAUAAAACUUCAGCCUUCCUUGGAUUUUGUGGCUUCAUGUUUCGGCAAACGAAUAUCAUCUGGGCUGUCUUCUGUGCAGGAAAUGUCAUUGCACAAAAGUUAACUGAGGCUUGGAAAACUGAGCUACAAAAGAAGGAAGACAGACUUCCACCUAUUAAAGGACCAUUUGUAACAUUCAGAAAAAUUCUUCAGUUUCUUUUGGCUUAUUCCAUGUCCUUUAAAAACUUGAGUGUGCUUUUCCGUCUGACUUGGCCCUACAUCCUUCUGGGAUUUCUGUUUUGUGCUUUUGUAGUAGUUAAUGGUGGAAUUGUUAUUGGCGAUCGGAGUAGUCAUGAAGCCUGUCUUCAUUUUCCUCAACUAUUCUACUUUUUUUCAUUUACUCUCUUCUUUUCCUUUCCUCAUCUCCUGUCUCCUGGCAAAAUUAAGACAUUUCUUUCCUUAGUUUGGAAACGUAGAAUUCUGUUUUUUGUGGUUACCUUAGUCUCUGUGUUUUUAGUUUGGAAAUUCACUUAUGCUCAUAAAUACUUGCUAGCAGACAAUAGACAUUAUACUUUCUAUGUGUGGAAAAGAGUUUUUCAAAGAUACGAAAUUGUGAAAUAUUUGUUAGUUCCAGCCUAUAUAUUUGCUGGUUGGAGUAUAGCUGACUCAUUGAAAUCAAAGUCAGUUUUUUGGAAUUUAAUGUUUUUCAUAUGCUUGUUCAUUGUUAUAGUUCCUCAGAAACUGCUGGAAUUUCGUUACUUCAUUUUACCUUAUGUCAUUUAUAGGCUUAACAUACCUCUGCCUCCCACAUCCAGACUCGUUUGUGAACUGAGUUGCUAUGCAAUUGUUAAUUUCAUAACUUUUUACCUCUUUCUGAACAAGACUUUUCAGUGGCCAAACAGUCAGGACAUUCAAAGGUUUAUGUGGUAAUAUCAGUGAUAUUUUGAACUGUAAAAAUGGACUUAAUAAUUAGACCAUUUCUACAAAGAACAACUGAAUAGGUAGAAAUCAUGGAAUUUCUUUUAGGAGCAGUGGUGGUCCUCAAAUUACAUUAGUGUGUAUAUAUAUAUAUACACACUAAUAUAUAUAUAACAUAUAUUAUAUAUAUAUAUAUAACAUAUGUAAGAAAUCAAGUGGCAAAGAACUGAGAAAGCUUAAGACCUGCUUCAAAAGCCUCAAUAAUGGGAAAAUUGUUUUCAGAUAUCUCAUAUUGCUCUCAUAAUGUUGGCCCCUCAAGAAGCUUGGGAAUGUUUUGUAUGUACAAGUUUAUUAAAACUGGGUAUGCUUCAUAUUACUGGAACUAAUUUAUUCUCUUCAGAGAGAAAUAUUAGGUUAGUACAAAAGUAAUUGUAGUUUUGCCAUUACUUUCAGUGGCAAAAAUCACAAUUACUUUUGCACCAACCUAAUAACAAUGUAUUAGCAAAUAUUUACAAAUGGUCAGGUGAUAUUCUUGAUUGAAAAGUUGCUUAACAUUUCAGUAAAUAUAAUUUUAAUUCUAAGUCAAAAUAGAAAUGCAUAAAUAGUAAAUGAUAAAGUAGAGACUCAUAUAUGUCUGUCUAGGCAUCAAAUUGUUGGUUAUUGUUUACAAUCUAGAAAUGAUGAAGCUCUUUCACUAAUUCCUAAUAUGAAAUGUAUGAUGGCCAAAGACAAAUUUUGAUGAUUAUACUCCUUUAAAAGAGGGAUUUCCUUUCUGAAAUACAUAUUGUAUUAGCUUCCCAGGGCUGCCAUAACAAACGACCACAAACUUGAUUGCUUACAACAAUUUUCCUCACAGUCUGGAGGCCAGAAAUCUAAAAUCAAAGUGUCAGCAGAGUUGGUUCCUUAUGGAGGCUCUAAGGAAGACUCCGUUCCAUGUCCGUUUCCUAAUAUCUUGUGGCUGUCUGAAAUUCUUGGAGUUCUUUGGCUUAUAGACAAAUCUUAUCCAAGUAUUGCAGACAGCAGUCUUCACUCCAGUCUGCCUCUGUGCUCACACAGCCUUUCCCUCUGUUUUCUCUUCAUUACCUUUUGAGGACAGUGUCUUUGAAUGUAGGGCCCACUCUGAUCUACAAUGAUUGUGUCUGGAGCCCCUUAAUUAUGUUUACAAAGACCCAUGUUCCAAGUAAGUUCUUAUUCACAUGUUCUGAGUGGACAUGUCUCUUCCUGGGAUACUUUUCAGUCCAUGACAGUUACCAAAGGACAUUUUAGGAUAAUCCUCAUAAUGAUUGUUAGGAGACUACCUUUUUAAAUUUUUUUUUGUUAUAUAUCAAAUUAUGGUUGUAUACACUUAUGAGGCACAAAGUGGCGUUAUUAUUUUUGAAUAUAAUGUGGGAUGAGUAAAUAAAGCUAAUAUUUGACAUGUGAUGAAAACAUUUGAAAUUUACUCUCAACAGUAUUGAAAUGUACAGUGCUUAAUUAUUAGCUGUAUUCACCGUGUUGUAUAAUAGAUCUUUAAAAAGUCAAACAUAUUCCUUCUGUCUAAUUGAGGCUUUGUAUCUUUUGAUUAUAAUCUCCCUAUUCCCACAUCCCUGGCCUCUAGUACCCAUCAUUCUUCUCUCUACUUCUUUGAGUUUAGUUGUUUUAGAUUACACAAAUAAGUGAAAUCAUGUGGUAUUUGUGUUUCUGUGCUUGGCUUACUUCACUUACCAUAAUGUCCUCCAGGUUCAUCCAUAUUGUUGCAAAUGACACAAUUUCUACCUUUUUAAAGGCUGAAUAGUAUUUUAUUGUGUAUAUAUGCCAUAUUUUCUUUAUCCAUUCAUGCACUGAUGAACACUUAAGGUUGAUUGAAUAACUUGGUUAUUGUGACUUGUCUGCAAUGAACGUGGAGUGCAGACUUCUCUUUGACAUACGGAUUUCAAAUCUUCUGGAUAAAUGCCCAGAAGUGGGAUUGUUGGAUCAAGAGAUAAUAUCUUACCUUUUAAAUAACUCCCAGUAUCUUUACUGAGAGGUUAAAAAAUAAGUGACUUCUGAGGUAAUAUACAGCUAAAGGUGACUAGUGUUUGAUUCCAUUAUCUAUUUUAAAAAAAAAGUCAGCAUUGAAAGAAAGUUGAGAAAUCAUUUGGUCUGACCUUAUUUUGUAGAUUAGGGAACAACUGCCGGGGUAGGAUUAUUUUGUGUUACUUUUUGAAUUUUGUGUUUAUUAUUUUGAGUGUAUUUUUUGGGUUGUCAUUCCAUUACAGGAAAGUAUUAUUUGGGCAUGUUAACUUUGACAUGUAAACUUAGAACUAUGAAUAGAACUCAUCUUUUAACAUAAUUUUAUGUUUCUAAACUUUGAAAGUAGCUAUAAGUGAACAAAUUACUUUCUCCUCAAUGUCAAAUUUUGCUUCUCUGAGUUUUAAGUAAUGAUUCUACAUUUACAAAUAUAAAAUUGUGUGCAGGUGAAAAUUACAAAUAUAAUUUGAAUGAUAAAUACAGACCAUUUUUGGGUUAUACUCUAGCACCCAGAAAAUAGAUUGGCAUUAGUUAUAACAGUGAUUAUAGAAAAACGUUUUUAAUCCAGACUUUUUAAAAAUUAGAUGAGAGAGGACACUCAAAGAAAUUAUACUUUUGUCAUUAAUUUACUAUAAUGGAGAACUAAAUCCAGGAAGUCAAAAUUGAAAAGGAAUGUGUAAUUUAGGGAAAAUAACCUUUUGUCUGAUAAUAUUAAUGCAAGGAUUUUGUAUAUAGGAAUACUUCUGAGAGGAGAAGCUUCCACUCUGAUCUAGUCUGGCAAAAUUGAAGAAAAUAUUCUACCCUAUAAUUAAAGAAGACUGCUCUUUGAAGGGAUCACUGUUCUAGAUCUUUUUUUUUUUUUUUUUUUUUUUUUGAGGGGAAGUCUCGCUCUUGUCCCCCAGGCUGGAGUGCAAUGGCGUGAUCUUGGCUCACUGAAACCUCCGCUUCCCGGGUUCAAACGAUUCUCCUGCCUCAGCCUCCCGAGUAGCUGGGAUUACAGGAGCCCGCCACCACACCUGGCUAAUUUUUUCUAUUUUUAGUCGAGACGGGGUUUCACCAUGUUGGCCAGGCUGGUCUCAAACUCCUGACCUCAGGUGAUCCACCCGCCUCAGCCUCCCAAAGUGCUGGGAUUACAGGCGUGAGCCACUGUGCCCUGCUGUUCUAGUUCAUUUUUAAGUGUUGAGUCCCUGCUGUUUUAAGAGAUGUUUUGUUGAAAAUCUACAUUCAGAGAGAAACAAUCUUCCACAUUUGUUAUAAAAUACAUGAAAUAUAGUACUUGGCAUUUUAAGAAAAGAUUGCCAUGUAUUAAAAGGUGCUAUUUUCAACUAUUUAUUAUUUUAAAAUAAGAAUGCUUAUCAAUACUUUUGAAUUUAAGAUAAAUGUCUUGGUUAAAUUUUCUAGGUAGUUCAAAGAUGGCCAUUUGCUGGUGAAUUUUCCAAAGCAGGUAACAGAUAAAAUGAUUAUAUAAGAACUUGGCACAACAGACCAUUUUGCCUUUAGUUGUUCAAGAAAUGAUACCAAACUCAAAGUCAUUCACUUGAAACAAUUGACAAGACCAUUCUUAAGUGUUUAGAUCCUUGCUUUUAGAAACAUUCUUAGUUAUAUUUGUGUUUUCAAGAGUUAUUGAGUAGAUUUUUUUUCAUGAAUUUUUAAACAUUAGACUUAGCUGAAUUGAUUAAAAUAAGGUGAUUAUGAAAAAAAGUACUGCCCUGCUCAAGGGUAUGUGGAGCCCUACAGUUAACCAUUACGAAAAUCUGUGAGUAUGUCUAUUUUGAAAAGUGUCGUAAAAAGAUCUAGUCCAUAAAUCAUUAUAGGUUCAGUAAUACGUCAUUUUCAACUGAUUCUAUCGUCUGUGAAAUUCUAGAGAUAUGUUAUCUUUAGGUAGCAUUAGUAAGAUUCAGGUAUGCUGUGAAUUUUGUUACGUUUAUGUUUUCCAUUAAUGGAUAGUCAGAAAUCUUUUGAACUGUGUCUGACUGUAUGUAAAUGUUUGGAAAGAUAGUAUCUCUCAGUUUAAACAUAGCAUCUCAUUUUGGCAAGAUAAAUUAUUUUAGCUGUGUUGCCUUUUCUUUGUCUUCUUAGAGUUAUUUCUGAAAUGUGCAUAGCCAGUCAUAAAAUACCUUUUAUAAAUAGCCUAAUGUAAUUUAUUUAUAAUAAAUACAUGGCUUAAUGAAAUGCAUUUCUAGUUUGAACUUAAUUGCCGCUUGGCUUGAUAUUAUUUUCCUUAGAAUUGUUGGAAGAGAGGAGAGAGGAAGGGAUCUACCAUUUUUAUUUAUACCGCCUAAAUAGUGGACUGUUAUUUUAGACUCACUUUUAAAUAAAAUAUUUAUUCAUAUGAAGAAAUACAUUUUGUGUUUAUUAAUUAGCAAGCAUUUAUUAUCUUUGAAGUAAUUGGAAUUUCAUUAAAAAGCGAGACAAGUAAGAAUUGUGAUAUAAAUUUGAAAAAUUUUAAAUGGAAAUUUAAAUAUGACUUAGGAUCCAAUGGGCUUGUAGAAAAAAACAUUUAACAUGGGGGUUAAGAUUUUUAUAUUUGGUUGUGGCUCUGGUAUCAAUAAGGCAAGUGGUUUAGUCUUUAGUCCUCAUUUCAGAUGACAAUAGUAUUUGUCCUAACUCUAGUCAGUGUCUGAUUGGUAUGUAUAUAACCUUAUAUUAAAAAGGAUUCAUCCUGCCAUAUACUCAUAAUAUGUCAUAUGAUAAAUAUUGAGUAAAUAUAUACUGAGUGAAGUUUUUAGUAUAGAGUGAAGUGAAUAGAAAAAAUAUCAUAUAUAACCAUGGCUAAUUUUAGGAAGUAAAUAGUGUUUCAUAAUAAGAGUCAUCCUAAACAUUUUUCUGCCUAAUUUUCUGACCCAGUGUUAAAAAUUUUUAUUUGCUUUAGUGCAAGCUUGUUCAACCCACAGGCCACAUGCAGCCCAGGAUGUUUUUGAAGGCGGCCCCAACACAAAUUUGUAAACUUUCUUAAAACAUGAGAUUUUAUGUGAUUUUUUUUUUUUUAAUUUUUAUUUUAGCUCAUCAGCUAUCAUUAGUGUUGGUGUAUUUUAUGUGUGGCCCAAGACAGUUCUUCCAGUGUGGCCCAGGGAAGCCACAAGAUUGGAGACCCCUGCUAGUGUUUAAUGCUUAUAUAUGUAAAUAUGUUGUAAAUAUGUUGUUUAUUUGAUAGGAUAUGAUUUCAACAUAAUUACUGUUUAUUUAAAAUAAGAAAAAUAAAUAACUUUCAACCAUUAAGAGGUUAUAAGACCUUAAAGGGAAAGUUUCUUUAAUAGGGUAUAAUUUCAAAAUAAUUGCUUUUUAUUUAAGAAAAAUCAGUAACCUUCAACCAGUAACAGGUUAAAGAAUUUAAAGGUAAAAGACAUUUCAACUAAUUACAAAUACUUUGUUUUUUUUAGUUGGGCAACAUUCUACCACUCUAGGAAUAGCUGUUAAUUAUUUUUUAUAUAGGGUAUUUUUGUGUAUUUAAUGUUGACAACUGACGUUUCCAAUAUAUAAAAACUUGUGUAACUGAGAAAAUUAUAAUGAAAAUAGAGAUUGAGGAUAUAUUUUUAACAUAUAUCCAUGAGUCAACACUAAUAUUUAAUAUUUGAGAUUUGAAAAAUUAUUUCUAGGGUGAGAAAUUUUGUCACAAUAUAAUAUCUGUAUAUUGUGCUUUUUUAAGAGAGAAAUUUUUGAUGAAUUUAAUGUUAAUUAAAUUUUAUCUCAGCCUAUCACCAUCAGACCAAAAGAAGAUACAGUAUUUUUCUAACAAGGAAAAGAAAAUACAUACAUAUGUAUUUAUAUAUACAAAUGUAUAUGUGUGUAUAUACAUAUAAUUUCUUUUUUUUUAUAUAAGAAUCGAGACAGGGUGUCACUAUGAUGUGUGGGCUGGUCUCGAACACCUGCCUCAAGUGAUCCUCCCACCUUGGCCUCCCAAAGUGCUAGAAUUCACCAUGAGCCACUGUGCCAGUUUCCAAUAAGAAAAAUAUUAAAUGUAUUGGUUUUUCACAGUGAAACUUAAUUCAGCUUAGGUGAACCAUAUAUGUGUGUAUAUGGCAUAUACAAGAUGAAAAAGGGAGGAAAAGUAAUAACGAUGGUUGCCAUCAAUCAUUGAACACCUGUAAUGUUUUAGUCAUUAUACUAGCUGACUUACAAAUAUUGUCUCAUUUGAUGCUACGUUUAUAUUUCUAUGAGGUAGAUACUGAUUUCUAUUUGACUGCUCAAGAAACUGAAGGGCAGGCAGGUCAGGUGAUUUGCCCAAAGUCCACACUGUCACUAAAUGAACAUAGAUUGGUAUGACUCCCAAGCCUGUGAGUUUUUGACCAUCAUAUUCUGCCUCACCAUGAGAAUUUUUUUUUAACUAAUUUUUUAAAUUAAACGAAGCAGUAUAUGGAAAGAGAGGUGAUAAUCCAUGUUUGCUGUCUGCAGUUUCCAGACCAUUCAUGGCUUAUUUUUAUGCUGGAUAUAGUCAUUUUUUAAAAUGCUACAAACUGUUCAAAAGAGCAUGAACAACAUGAUAACUCCUUAUAAUUUUGUUGUAAGAAAAAUGGCUAAAAGUAUGUGGGAUGUUUAAUUUGGAUAAGUGGAGAUUCUAUCACUUGAUAAGCUCUCUUGAAGAAUAAUUAUUUGAAAGAUUGAACUUAAUUCUGUAUUGCCUGAACUGUAAAUCAGAGGUCAACAAUUAGAUUGCAAAUCAUGAAAAGCAUACCUUUUCUAAUUGUUUAGUGUUUUUAGGAAAACAAGCCCAGAAAAAAAGUAAAAUUCUCAUUCAUUGGAGAUAAGAUUUUUAUUUAUUAAAGAUGCUUCAGGAGAGUUAGAUAGCAAGUAGGUAAAAUGUCUUUUGAAGAUAUCUGACAUCUUUAAAGCUCUGUGAUUUUUAAAUUCUUAAUUUUGUUACAGCUAAUUUUUAAAAAUUAAUUGCUGUGUCAUGGUCAAGUAUUUCUGAUGACUUACUGCUGUCUCUGGUAUAUUUUAAGUUUCUAAACCAAAACUACUAUUUAUAUUACCCUGUUUUAGAAAAACAUUUGAGUUAUACAACUUAGUAAAAGGUAUUUUAGCGAUGAUGUUUUGGAGCACUGGUAAUAUAGUAUUUAACUUAUUUUCUAUUUUUUAUCCCUCUACAUUAGUGAAAGUAAUGUACUUCUAUUUGAAAAGCUUUCCCCCAGUGAUUAAAAAAAAAAAAAAAGGCUGCGCACUAUCUGUAAAAAUUUUUAAGGUGAUGUCCACUAGGUGGAGAUACUGUGCUACAUUUCCAAAUGUAAUUAAAUUUUUAUUUGUCUGAAUUAAACUCUUUUAUAGUGUUUUGUUGUAUUUAACCACAAAGAUUUAUAAUCAUUUAUAUCUAUUUAUCAUCAUGUUAUUCAGAUGUUUCCUGAGUUGUAUGAAGCUAAGGUAAAUUUAAAAAAAAAAAAACCCUCACUUUUGUGUUUUGUAAUCACAUAUUAGAUGAUUUAACCUAAUAUAUCUUCCCAUAUGAUAUGAUCUUUUCAUGUGGCAUACUUCAUUCAUAUGACAUAGUCAGAAUCUUUUCCCACAAACAAUGAGUGAUGAUGUCUCAUUUGAAAACUCGUGUAACAUUGUAUGAGCCACUGUUUUAAAGUGAUUUACCCAUGCUAGUCUCAUAACAACUCUAUGAGAUCAGUAGUGUACACAUGGGGAAACAUAGUAGAGAGAGGUGAAGUAUUUUUUCCAAGAUUACAAAAUAACUGUCUGAGCUGGGAUUCAUAACCAGGCAGCCUGACUCCAAAAUCAAUAUUCUUAACUCUAUUGAUAUGAACGAGAAAGGCAUGAAGUCUACCUUCAAAUUCAUGGCAUUUUAGAAAGAAAAAUUGUCACAAAUAAUGUGAUUAUACUUCCUAGUUUUAUAGGUCAGGAAAAUGAAGUCCACAGUAAUUUUGCCUCUUCCACAGGGAGACAGACUCUCCUCUACCAUUUUGUCUUCUGUUUCUGUUUUUGUCAUCAUCCCUCAAAUUGAUAUAUGUUGUAAAUACGAAUUUAAGGAAGUAAAAAACAAAAUAACUCAGGGCUGGAGCCUUCAGCCAUAUUAAUAUACAUUGACAUAAAGACCUUUGUUUUAAUAAGAAUGAUUCCAGUUACCAAACGGAGAAAUAGUUGUUUGAAAAUUAAUAUUUAGCUUCUCAAAAGAGACUCCUAUUUAGAAGCAAAUUGUUGGUUAAACAUGACAUACUUUAGAUUUUUGACAAAUUCUCGGUGGAAUAACAAUUUCAUUUUUAAGAAUGUAUGAAUAUGUGUUCCAUAUGCUUUUAAGUUAUAUAUUUUAUUAGAUACUGUUCCCUAAAAUGGAAAUGUUUAUUUGACUUCUAAAAGUCAUUUGUGAGUUCAUGUUGUGUAAAACUGCUUUUCUGUCAACUUAUUCUUUAUAAAAAAGUUUGUUCAAAUAGCAUGUUUUUAUUUUGUUUGUAAAUAAAUUCAUGUUUGAUAAUGUUUUAAAAUGUAUUGUAUCUAUUUAACACAUUUUCUUAUCCUAAACCAAGUAUUAAAAGCUUUGUAUUUCCCUCACACUGUCCUGUUAGCCAUUUUCCCCUGUCUACCACAUCCCUAAUCCUAAGCUUUAUUAGUCAUUUUAAAAUAGAACCAUAUCUUUUUAAAUGCCUGUGCUAUGUGCUCAUAACUAGCCUGGGUGUCUGUAUAAUCUUCCUUUUAUUCUCAUAAUAAUAGAAAGCAGUUAAA